AUGGAUGCUUCGAUGACUCGACAAGAGAUGGUUUACGUUCCACGAGCAACAGAGCCCGCGGCCGCCGGAGCGAGCCUGCAGACGAGCGUCCGAUGCGCUCGAGAGAUGAGCGCGGCGCCCAAAGACAAGACCCGCACCGGCCCACGGCCCGCCUGGCGGCCGACAGGUGUGCUGGUUGCUGAUGAUGCACCCACGCCCACAGCAGCCAAGAUCAGCAGGCCCCGCGCCCGGCCUGGGCGGACGCGGGGCAGCGGGAACACACCCAAGAGAGCGCCGGAGAUAGAUUGGCAGCGGGAACGCGCGCGCGCCGCAAGAGCCGUCCACACAAGACAGCGACAAGCCAGCCCCACACAAACACACACAGACACGUCGAGAGGAAAGGAGACGCAGGAGAAGCGGCGCGAUGAGUGUACACAGAAAGAGAAGCGUUCCCGGGACAGCAUGCGUAGAAGGAAGAGAAGGAUGACAGCUAUGAGUAUGUACAACGCGGCACAGAAGCAGGAGGGCGAGCCUAAACAGAGAGAGAAGUCGUUGGACGAGGAGCCUCCGUCGUCGUCGUCGGCGGGGGCGUAG